UCUUGUCUUUUUCGCCCAUCCGGUACUUUCACUUUCCCCUCUUCCUUUUUUUUCUUUUUUUUUCUGGCCUUGCCUGUGGUUUCUUUCCCGUGGCUGGAGAUUUGCUUUUAUCGAUUUCCGAGCUAUCCACAAAAUUGACAUAAAAAAUACAGAAGUCAAAAAAUAAAACAAACAAGAAAAAAAACCAGCCCCAGCAUGAAAAACCAGCCUGCCAACCUCAGCCAGUGAGAGGCGUGAGCCGACCCCUCGGCCUUCCUCUUGGCUGCCAAGCGUCAUCGCUCUCGGCGCUGCGAAGGCACGCCCACCACAAAACAAAAGGCAGUCUCACAGGGGGUCCUGAACAUUGAGCAGAAUUGUUACGGCGCAGGCGGUCGCUCACGGCUCGCAGCUCUAGCCGGGCACGCGCCACAUUGUCGGUUGUAUACCUCGGGAUCCAUCUCACACGACAACACCCGCCUGCCUCAGAUCCAUUCCUAUUGCCGGCCGGCUCUACACAGGCCACCAUCUCGUCCAAAUCGGCAACCUUCAUCUGCCCUCGCCAGCUCUACAACGAGCGACGCCGCCGUUGCCGCCGCAGCCAUGGCGAGCACCUCUGAUGUGAGGGCGCCAUCCUCUGGCGCUUCGCAGCCACCCUCAGUUCGAUCUGUCGAGCUACCACAGCCUCCUCCUAGCCCGGCACCGAACGCCACGCAGCAGAAUAGCCAGAACGCCGCCUCCAAUGGCGCGGGAUCAUCGACGGAGCAGCCGCCGAAACCAGCCGAGAAGUCGUCGGUAAAGGAACGCCUGACUCGAAUGUUCUCGACAAAGGACUCCCCUCGCCCCCUGCUCUCCGACAAGGGACCCACGUUUGACCGCAGCAACCCCCCAAUGCCGUCUCCUAAUCGCCUGAGUGCACCCCCAGGCCGUAAGGACUCGACUACCGACAAGGCCGUCGAGAAUGCGGCCGCGCUAGCAGCCACGACCGCGGCCAAGCAACGCUUCACGACCAAGUCCGAGGCGCAGGGCGGUCAUGAGCACCACCUCAAGGGUAGUCGAAGACAGGAAAAGCUCUCAGACAUGUUCCGCGGCAUCCUGGGCGGCAAGCGGUCUGACCAGCCGGAUCAUGACCUGUCGCUUGUAUCCGGCUGGGUCGACACGCUCCGGCAAGAGAAGGACUCAAUAGCCUCCGACAGGAGAGGCGGGCCCAACGCAUCGGUCACUUUAGUGGAGAAGUAUGGCAAGUGUCAGGAGGUGGUAGGCCGCGGCGCCUUUGGCAUUGUGCGGAUAUCACACAAGAAGAUGGAGAACGGCGUGGGUGAGAAGCUGUUUGCCGUCAAGGAGUUCCGCCGCCGGCCCGAAGAGACGGAGAAGAAGUACAGCAAACGUCUGACGGCCGAGUUUUGCAUCUCGUCGAGCCUGCGCCACCCCAACGUGAUCCACACCCUAGACCUGCUCCAAGACGCCAAGGGCGACUAUUGCGAGGUGAUGGAGUUCUGCCCAGGUGGCGACCUGUACACCCUUGUUCUCGCCGCCGGCAAACUCGAGGUCCAGGAGGCCGACUGUUUCUUCAAGCAGAUGAUGCGCGGUGUAGAGUACAUGCACGAAAUGGGCGUGGCCCACCGCGACCUCAAGCCCGAGAACCUGCUCCUCACCACCCACGGCGCACUAAAGAUCACCGACUUUGGCAACGGCGAGUGCUUCCGUAUGGCCUGGGAAAACGAUGCCCACAUGGUCUCUGGCCUGUGCGGAUCCGGCCCUUAUAUCGCACCAGAGGAAUACACGAACAAGGAAUUUGAUGCCAGGGCCGUCGACGUCUGGGCCUGCGGCGUCAUCUACAUGGCCAUGCGCACAGGCCGUCACCUCUGGCGCGUCGCCAAGAAAGAGGAGGACGAGUUCUACGCUCGCUACCUCGAGGGCCGCCGCGACGAGGAAGGAUACCGACCGAUUGAGACUCUGCACCGGGCUCGAUGCAGAAACGUCAUCUACUCCAUCUUGGAUCCAAACCCGACGCGCCGCAUAACGGCCUCGCAGGUCCUUAAGUCGGAAUGGGGUCGCGAGAUAAAACUAUGCAAGGCCGGCGAGGAAGGCCUCUAGCACAUGCCCCGCCAGACGCCAAGUGGUCCAUAUCCAUGACACAUCCAUGGACUGGUCCUGCCUUGCACCAUGGCUCCUGUAUUCGUGGUAGUGCCAUCUCCCCACCCCUCAAUAUGGCUCGCAAACCGUCUGGCGGACUGAAGCGGUCCUUUUUCUCUUCUGUUUCUUCCACGGCCCGUCUCUUUUCUUCUGUUCUCCUGCCCGGAGUUGGUUGGGCAACUCUAUCGUUCCUGAUUAACUUGCACAGCGACGCACGCGGACGCUGCAACAAAUCAAGUGGCCCAGGAAGAAAUACGGAAGGGGGAGAGAAACGAAACAGAAGAAGACGAAAAGAAAGACGAAAACAUAAAAAAGAAAAAAGGAAAAAAAAGAAAAGAAAUCAGAGGGAAAGAGAGAAA